GCAAUCGAGUAAGUGGAAAAACUCAGUUUAUGCAAAGUCAUAAAAAUCAAAAAGAACAAAAUGUUUUAAGUAUUAAACUUUGUUGUCUACAUGCUAAGAAUUUUUCAAGUGAAAAGAGUCUGGUGUCCUAUUCAGAGCAACAACAUCUAUACAGGCUUGUUUACUCAUCUCACAGUUCACACAGUGAACUAGUUGAAAUGAUUGAAACUCUUGAACCAACUAAAAUUGUACCAUGUGUUGUUCCAAAUAAUUUAACUUCAAGUGCGGUUGUUGAGGUUUUACAUUCAAGUUGUAAUCUCAAAGCCAAAUGCCAUGAUUCUGACUCUGUUCUUCAAUUUUCUUCCUACGAGGAUGUGGAAAGCACUAAAGUGGAGUACAUUAAGAACAUUAAGGAGGAAAAGGAGGAGAAAAAUUGUGGUGCACUCCUCACUAUCUCCAAAUAUAAUGUUAAUGACUCGUCAGAUGAAAAUGACUACUUGACAGAUGAAAGUGAUGACAAUGAACUGCCUCCGUUCAGUUGGGACUGUCAUUAUGAUACAAACAAAGCCCUAAAAAAAGAGAAGCAACCAUACAAAAAAUCAAAACUUGGCUGAAAAGGCUGUGAUAUGGGAUGUGAUAAACCAAAACUUUUUCAUGAAUUUAAAUACCACUUUGCUAUCAUGAUUUCUGUGAUCAAAAUUUUGUGUCUAAAAUGAAGUUAUGACAUUGUUUAUUUAAGACUGGUAUAGACUGCAAAUAAAUGUGAAA